ACCGGAGUAGAGAAAUCAGCCAUAUCCGCGGCGCGCGAUCGGCGCCAGGCAGUAGCGUGGUAGGACCGUACAUUCCACCUCGCGCGCGACCCACUAGCUACCAGCCUUCUACUACUAACACCCACCCGGCCGUGCCGCUGCCGCCGUGUGCCCGAGCGAGCCCACGCCCACAUGCACCCGCGUGUCUCCCACCCUUCCCCCUUAAAUACCACGCUAUUCCGCAGGUGGCAGGUCGAUGUCUCGCUGCUCGACGUACCACUACUACUGCUGCACGCACUAACCGUCCGGACGUCCGGUGGACAUCGACCGGCGCCAUAUGGCGAUCACGGGGUCCAAGAAGCCGGGGCAGCUCAAGCAGAUGCUGCGGAGGUGCUCGUCCAGCCUCGGGAUAAAGGGCGCCGGCGGCGACGACGAUGGGCUGCCUGGGGACGUGCCGAGGGGCCACUUCGCCGUGUACGUCGGCAUCAGCCGGAGACGCUACAUCGUGCCGGUGGCGUGCCUUGCGGCGCCAGAGUUCCAGGAGCUUCUCAGGAAGGCCGAGGAGGAGUUUGGCUUCGACCACGACAUGGGUAUCACCCUGCCCUGCGAUGAGGCCACCUUCCACGGCGUCCUCGCCUCCGCCUCUGCCACCUCCAUCAGAUGAGAUGAGGCAGGCGCGCUUGCAUUGCGAUUUGUUGCAUUGCUUGCUAGGGUAGAAAUUGAGGCAUGAUCGUGCAUGGAUGUUGGCACAUUCUUAUUUUUUUCCUCUCCUCUCUAGCUAGCUUCAAUUCCUAUUGUAAGUUCGGCUGUGCUGUGAUCGAUCGAGUUGUGAAAAUUCUCAGAGCGUGCUGCCAUUUGGCUGCCCUGUGAGAACGAUAUUCCAACUUCCAUAGAUCGAUCGCUCAAGUAAAAAUAUUGUGUUCCAGCCCAACGAAAAAUAACAUCAUUUUCAUCAGAUGAUCAUUG